AUGUUCUGGCGAUUUGGCGGCUACGCCAACAUCUCCACCCUCGAUACCAUCCUCGACAAACCCGACGUCACUGUCGAAGAGCUGCUGGACGAGAGCGACCUCAUUCAGGAGCUGAAGCAGCAGAACAGCAAGCUCAUCGAGUUCCUUCGCGAUGAGCCGGUGCUGAAGAAGCUGUUGAAAUAUGUUGCGGCGGACGAGUCGCUCGAAUCUGAUGCUGAAAAGGACAAGCAGAAAGAUGAAGCCAAGUCUAAGGAGAAGGAGGAGUCUACCGGCAUCUCCUUCUUUGGGAAAGGCAAGGGCCGGUCGCGGUCGAAGUCUGUGAGCACGAAAGAAUUCGACGGAGAGACGGAAGCGGAGAAGCAGGAGGCGCAGCGCAAGAAGUAUGCGUACGUGGCUUGCGAAGUGCUGUCUUCGGAGGUCUGGUCUCUCACGGAAGCCAUUCUCGACCAGCAGGACCACCUGCGAGAGUUCUGGCAGUACAUGCAUCGACCUGCACCACUGGAUCCGCUGCAAGCUGGCUACUUCACAAAAGUGAACGAGGCACUACUAGACAAGAAGACGGAGGAGAUGCUCAACUUCUUCAAGUCACUGGAUGGCAUUGUACCCGCGAUGCUUCAGCAUGUCGACUGCCCGAUGGUGAUGGAUCUGCUUCUGAAGAUCAUCUCUUUGGAGAAGCACGAAGGCGGCGCAGGCAUUGUGGACUGGCUGCAAGCGCAGAACCUCAUUCCAUUACUACUCGGCUACCUCUCACCCGAACAGAGCUCAGCAACGCAAACCUCAGCUGGCGAUUUUCUUAAAGCGAUAAUCACAAUCUCAGCAAACGCCACCACCCAGGAUCAGUCGGUCAUUGGUCCUAAUGAACUGACAAGGCAACUGGUCUCUGAAGAAUGCAUCCGAACGCUCAUCAACGACAUGCUUCGAGGAGGCAACCCUCUUACCGUAGGAGUUGGUAUUAUCAUCGAAGUCAUUAGGAAGAACAACUCCGACUACGACCUCGACAACCAAGUCGGCCCCGAGCCAAAGACCUCCGACCCGAUCUAUCUUGGCGUCCUUCUUCGAGAGUUUGCAAUGCAUGUGGCAGACUUCAAGAAGCUUAUCGUGUCCCCAUCUGCGAAGAAGCCGGAGAUCCCGUCUGCGUUUGGAAGGAGGAUAGAGCCGCUUGGCUUCGAUCGCUUCAAGACGUGCGAGCUGUUUGCGGAGCUGUUGCAUUGCAGCAACAUGGGCUUGCUGAACGAGCGAGGUGCUGAAGAUCGGGUGAGGCAGGAAAAUGCGGAGCGUGAGAGGUUGAGGGCGCAGGGCAGGUAUGCUACGCCCAAGCCCGCGACAAGUCCGAGUCAGGAGAACAGCCAUGAGGAGUUCGGCAGCUCGGUUGAUUCGCAUGGCUUCCAUCAUGCUCAGCGUCCUAGUGAUGAUGAGAUGGACGAGAAGCCGGAGGAGCUCCGAAUUGGUGAUGCCUCCAAUGCCGAUGAAGAUGGAUUUGAGAAGGUCAAUGCGCCGAACGAUGAUUUGCCAGAUGAAGUGACGUUCGACGAUCUUAACGAUAAGCCGGAGUACACUUCGCUGUCAACACUGUCUAGGGCCGAGAAGACCGAGUCGCCACCAUUGCAAAACCAGUUCCCAGCCAACAGCGAUGUACCAAGACCUCUGUCGCCAACGAAGUCAAAAGCGAACAUGCAUUUCGACCCGCCACCUACGCAUUCCGUGGAGUCACCCACCACCGCCACCAUGACCGAUAGGAUUGACAAGCUGGACGUGGACGACGAUACCGUCAUGACUGAGUUCGGCGAGGAGCCGCAGCACUCUGACGAAGAUGAUCAGCAGUCUGAGCUAGACCGGGCGCUGGCAAACGCAGAACAAGUGGACAAACCUCUGCCGUUGUUUGCGAAGAAAGAGUCGUCUGAUCCAAUCCGGAUCGAGCCGACGCCUGAAGAGGCUGCCGCGGAAGACAUCGACCAGAGCAUUGCUACGAUUCAGGGUGAUCAGCCGACGAACUCCAAUGGAGGACGGCAGCCGUAUGAGACGGAGGCGGAUGGUAGGCCGGUUGUUGGAGAUUUGCUGAAGAUACAGUUUGUGGAGCACCAGGUUGUUCCUACGAUAUUGGACUUUUUCUUCCGCUUCCCGUGGAACAACUUCCUCCAUAACGUCGUCUACGAUGUCGUUCAGCAAGUAUUCAACGGCACGCUCGAUCGCGGCUACAACCGCGCCCUUGCUUUCGACCUCUUCACCCCGGUCGAAGCAAAGGAAGGUCAGUCUGUCGAAGACCUAGGCCUCGCGUCCACAAAGGAAGUCACCGAUCGCAUCCUGGACGGCCAGAAAGUCUCCGACGCCUCCCAGCAGUACAAGGGCAUGCGUCUGGGCUACAUGGGCCACCUCACCCUCAUCGCAGAAGAAGUCUGCAAGUUCGGCAACCGCCACCCACCCGAAGCGCUUGACCAAGCCGUCCUCGAUCGCGUACACCGCGAAGAAUGGAUCGAAUACGUCGAAGGCACCCUCGCCGAGACUCGUGACAAAGACAACGCAGUUCUCGGCGGCGUCCGCCCACAAGAUGCCAUGAACGCUCGUCCUGGCAUGGGCGGCAGCGGAUUGGGAGGAGGCAGCUUCUCGAACAAUACUGCUAACACGCUCGCCAGUGCCGGGAUCACGCCGCAAGACAGCAUGGCGAUGGCCGAGGGCACGGUGGGCCAGAGCUUCGAGAUCAACAGCGGGACGAUGCUCUCGGGCUUCUCAGCGGACCCGGACGAGGAUGAAGAGAUGGCGGAGGAGGAAGAGCAGCAGCGGGAGCGGAGGGAGAGGGAGCGGGAGAGUGGGGCGGCGGCGCAGCAGUUGGAGGACGACGAACAGGCCUCACCCGACUCCAACCGCGACGGCCCUUCCAUCCCUCCACCCCUCAACAUCCCGCCCUCCCGCGCCCGCCGCCAACUCGCCGCCCGUCUCGCCGCUAAAAAGGAAGCCGUGGCUGCGGAGAACAUCGCCGACCCCGACGCAGCGGACAGCGUAGCGCUUGAAGUAGCGGAGCAAUUGCCGCAAGAACCUGAGGACGUCGAAUUGGGCGUCGCUACCGAGCACGCUAUUCACGAGACCGGGGCGGGCCAUAACUCGCCUAGCUCGCCGAAACAAGGCCUCAACAUCACCGGUUUGCGGACUGUAAGCGGCCUCGGCGCCACCGCAUCCCGCUUCUCCGGCCUCUUCGGCAGCAGCGACUCGAGCUCCGACUCCGACGGCGAUGGCGGGGGCUACGAUGAAGACGACGCUGGCCGCGACCACACCCUCUCGCGGGAGGGAGGGGACUUUGAAUCCUCAGACGCAGCAGCGGAGGGCAUGUCCCCCGCCGGCAGCGCGGAUCGGCGCCGAAGGGAAAGGGAGGAGCGGUUGAGGCAACGGCCGAGUACGCGGGAGGCGGAGGUGAGGAUGAGUCUUGGGGAUGACGAUGAUGAGGAGGAGCUGGCGGGGAGGUUUCAGGGGUUGGGUGUCAAAGGGGGGGAGGGGCCGUUUGCGGAUCCGGAGGGGGAGGGGAGUAGUGAGGAGGAGGACCAGUUGGUUGAGAUUCGGCCGCGGAGGGUUAGCUAG